AUGCCUAAAAUAUGCAAUCACGGAGUAUGUAUCAAUCUUCCUGGAUCUUACCAGUGCUAUUGUAAACCAGGCUACACGGGCGACAAUUGCGAUCAAGAUAUUGAUGAAUGUUUGUCUUCGCCCUGUAAAAAUGGUGGAACUUGCCAGAAUUUGGAAAAUAACUACGAAUGUACUUGUGUUGAAGGAUAUGAGGGAAAGGAUUGUUCGAUAAACAUAAACGAGUGUGCAGCAAAUCCUUGCGCGUCCGGCUCUACGUGUGUGGAUGGUAUCGCGAGCUACAAGUGCGUGUGCCAGGAAGGACUCACCGGAGCGCAUUGCGAGACUGAUAUUGAUGAUUGCGAGUCGCAACCGUGCCAGCACGGCGGGCGCUGCGUGGACGAGCUGAACGGCUACGCGUGCGACUGCGCCGGCACCGGCUACAGCGGCGACGACUGCGCCACCAACAUCGACGAGUGCGCGCCGCGCCCCUGCCGCAACGGCGGCACCUGCAUCGACGACGUCAACGACUACCACUGCGCCUGCUACCCGGGAUUCACCGGCAAGAACUGCGAGACGGACAUAGACGAGUGCGCGUCGUCCCCCUGCAAGCAUGGCGGCGUGUGCCUGCAGCGCAGCGCGCGCGCGUUGUACCGCGCGCCCGACGCGCCCGCGCUGCCCGUGGGCCCGCAGCCGCACAUGCUGCUGCCCGCCGACUUCUACCAGCCCUUCGCGCUGCAGAACGCGAGCGGCUUCGCGUGCGUGUGCGUGGCCGGCACGCAGGGCGCGCGCUGCGAGGUCAACGUGGAUGAGUGCGCGUCCUCGCCGUGCCGUCACGGCACGUGCGUGGACGGCGUGGGCGCGUACGCGUGCGAGUGCGCUGCCGGCUACGAGGGCGCGCACUGCGAGCUGGACAUCGACGAGUGCGCGCGCUACGCGCCCUGCGCGCACGGCCGCUGCCUGGAUGCGCGCGCUGCUUACGAGUGCGUGUGCGACGCGGGCUGGGGCGGCCGCAACUGCAGUGUGGCGCUGGCCGGCUGCCGCGCCGCGCCCUGCCGCCACGGCGGCACCUGCCUGCCCUGGCUGCGCAGCGAGACCGAGCACCGCUUCAACUGCUCCUGCGCGCCCGGCUACUACGGCACCACCUGCGAGAAGAUCACCACCAUGUCGCUCGAGAGGAGCAGCUACGCCGAGGUGAACACCUCGCGCGAGGAGGGCUACGACAUCUCCUUCCGCUUCAAGACCACGCUGGGCAGCGGCCUGCUCGCCAUGGGCCGCGGCCUCACCUACUUCUUCCUCGAGCUCUCCAACGGCCGCCUCAACCUGCACUCCUCGCUGCUCAACAAGUGGGAGGGGGUGUUCAUCGGAUCCAAUCUCAACGACAGCCAUUGGCAAAAGGUAUUCGUGACGAUAAACUCGUCGCACCUGGUGCUGGCGGCCAACGAGGAGCAGACCAUCUACCCCAUCAGCCAGAACGAGGCGUUCAACGCGUCGGUAACGUCGUUCCCGUCCACGCGCCUGGGCACGGCCGGCUCCUCCUACGGCAGCUUCACGCACGGACCCAACUUCUUCGUCGGCUGCGUCCAGGAUGUCGUGGUCAACGGACAAUGGGUCCUCCCUGAAGACUCAAACUCCAGCCUAGUCCUAGACGGCAUGGGCGCGGGCGCGGACAACGAGACGGCGGACGAGGCGGAGGGCGCAGAGGGCGGCGCGGAGGCAGAGGGCGUGGAGGCGGAGGGCGGCGAGGGUGCGGAGGGCGCGGUAGCCACGCGUGCGCUGCUGCACGGCGUGCUGGCGUCGUGCCCGCGCACGCCGCAGUGCGCGCCCAACCCCUGCCUGUCGGGCGGCGCCUGCGAAGACCACUGGACCUCCUUCCGCUGCACCUGCCCGCGCCCCUACCUCGGCGACACCUGCCAGUACAACUACACGGCGGCGACGUUCGGGCAGGAGGCGGCGCGGCCGCGCUCGGUGGUGACGGUGGCGGUGUCGGAGGCGGCGCGGCGCGCGGUGCACGCGGCGCUCGACAUCUCCAUGUUCGUGCGCACGCGCAAGCCCACCGGACAGAUCUUCUACCUCGGCUCGCUGCCCAAGUACGGCCAAACCGAGGAGACGUUAGUGGGCGCGUCGCUGAAGGGCGGCGAGCUGCUCGUGCACCUACGCUUCAACCAGACGCCCGAGGACUACACCGUGGGCGGCACGCGCCUCGACAACGGACACUUGCAUCUCAUACAGGUUGUGAGAAAUUCAACAUUAGUUCAAGUGAAACUGAAUGGCACUGAAUAUUUCCGAAAAUCUAUAUCCGCUGCGAAGCAACUUGACGCGCAGGUGCUGUACUUGGGCGGGCCGCCGCCCCCGCCCGCGCCGCCCACGCCGCCCGCCCCGCCGCCCGACGCCGCCGUGCCGCCCGCCACGCCCGCGCCCGCCCUGCCCGAGCCCGACGACGCCGACUAUUUCAAGGGAGUCAUACAGGACGUCCAGGUGUCGAACGGCGUGAACGUGACGGUGGUGGAGUUCUUCCCGCUGGCGGCGGCGGGGCUACGCGUGCCGCCGCCCUUCGGCGAGGUGUCGCUGGACGCGCGCGGCGUGCUGCGCGGCGUGGUGUCCGACGACGCCUGCGCCUCGCGCCCCUGCCUGCACAACGCCUCAUGCGAGCUCACCUGGAACGACUACACGUGCACGUGUCCACGAGGGUACAAGGGCAAACAGUGUGCUGAAGUAGAGUUCUGCCAGCUGCAGGGCUGCCCGCUCAACUCGCACUGUCGCAACCUAGACCGCGGAUACGAGUGCGUGUCGAACGCGACGUUCGACGGCGUGAACACGACGCUGCGCUACCGCCUGCGCGUGCCGCGCGGCGCCGCGCUCGAGCCCGCCGAGCCGCUCGACCUGCCGCAGUCGCUCACCAUCACCUACAGGAGCAAGGUGGGCGGCACGCUGUUCCACGCGCAGUUGCCGGGCGCGGAGGCGGGCGGCGAGGGGCACGUGUUCAGCGUGGGGCUGUACAAGGGGCAGGUGGGCGUGCAGUGGCGGCUGGGCGCGCUGCCCGCGCUGCGCCGCAUGCGCGCGCGCCGCCCGCACACCGACUGGGUCACGCUGCGGCUCAUGUUCCUGGGCGACACCAUCACAGGCGCGUUCGUAGACAGCGAGGGUCACGAGGAGGUGGGGCUGUCUGACAACAUCGACGUGGCGGCGUGGCAGCGCCUCGUGACGCAGGGCGACAUCACGCUGGGCGGCGUGCGCGCGCCUGCGCCUGCCCUCACUUCCGCCCCGCCGCCCUCCACCACGCCUGCCUUCGCCUCCGCCUUCUACACCACCUCCAUGGAGAACUCAACAGAUCCUAAUAUGAUCGAAUACUCAGAAGGUGAUGAAUUCAUAGAUGACAAUCUGGCCGGAGAAUACUUUAAGGGGUGCCUGGGCGCGGUGCACGUGGGGUCGCUGCUGCUGCCGUUCUUCACGGAGGAGCAGCUGUUCGUGGGGUCGGCGGCGGCGCUGCUUGCCGCACAGCCGCACUACGCGCUGGUGGCGGGCGCGGCGUGGGGCGCGCGCGCCGGCGUGGGCUGCGUGCUGUGCGUGGAGGCGCAGUGCGUGCGCGGCGCCUGCGCCGACGUGCGCCGCUCCUACGCCUGCGCCUGCCCCGCGGGCUACGCCGGCGACUACUGCCAGCGCGACAUCGACGAGUGCCAGCACCACCAGUGCCGCAACGGCGCCGUCUGCCGCGACCUCGUUGCCGCGUACGAGUGCAUCUGCCCCAAGGGGUUCGACGGACAGUUCUGCGAGCACGACAUUGACGAGUGCUCGUCGUCGCCGUGCGCAAACGGCGGCACGUGCGUGGACCUGCCGGGCGGCUACCGCUGCGACUGCGCGGCGGAGUGGCGCGGCGUGGACUGCGCGACGCCGCGCACGCGCACGUGCGCGCACGCGCCCUGCGCCGCGCCCGCCGCGCGCGCGCGCUGCCUCGACGUGCCCGACACGGUGAAUGGUAACAACUACACGUGCGAGUGCUCGGAAGGCUUCGAGGGCGUGCACUGCGAGCUCGCCUUCUGCGACGUCACGCCCUGCGUCAACGGACACUGUGAAUCUGAUUCUAUUCCGCCGCGGUGCGCGUGCGAGGCGGGCUGGAGCGGGCGGCUGUGCGAGGCGGAGCGCGACGAGUGCGCCGGCGCCGCCGCCUGCCUGCACGGCGGCCGCUGCGUGCCGCGCCGCCGCCCGCCGCUGUGCGACUGCCCGCCGGAGUGGCAGGGCGCGCGCUGCGAGGUGGACGUGGACGAGUGCGCGGCGGCGGCCGUGGACUGCGGGCCCGGCCUCUGCCGCAACCUGCCCGGCGGCUACACUUGUGAGUGCGCGGAGGGCUACUGCGGGCACGAGUGCGCGCUGCCGGACCCGUGCGUGACGCAGGGCGGCGAGGGCGGCGCGGGCGGGCCCUGCCUGCACGGCGGGCGCUGCGAGCAGCGCUGCGCCGCCACCGUGGACUACGUCUGCGAGUGCGUGGACGGCUGGACCGGCAAGAACUGCUCGCACCAGGUGGUGUCGAUGGAGGCGGGGGCGGGCGGCGCGGCGACGACGCACAUCUGGCUGGGCGUGGGCGGCGCGCUGCUGGCGCUGGCGCUGGGCGGCGCGGCGCUGGCGGCACUGGCGGCGCAGGCGCGGCGCAAGCGCGCCACGCGCGGCACCUACUCGCCCUCCGGCCAGGAGUACUGCAACCCGCGCGCCGAGAUGAUCACGCACGCGCUCAAGCCGCCGCCCGAGGAGCGCCUCAUA